UAGCCUUCUGUAGGCCUACUCCCCAAACUGAUAUGGAAAUGUGCUUUGCAGAUGAGCUGAGUCUGUUGCUGAUGCUCAGGUACUCUUUGCAGGAGAACACCAGUCUCUUGACUAUCAUUGGUCUUCACAGCAACAUCCUCUUUCAGAUCAGGAUUACCCCUCACACCUUGGUAUUUGUCGCCAGAAAGGGGCACCAUUAUGAGUUCCCAGUUUCCUCCCUGGCAGAUGGACACUGGCACAGAGUGGCCCUUAGCAUCUCCUUGAACAGGUUGGCUCUGUAUGUGGACUGCUGCCUGCUGGAGAGCGUUGGCUGGUCUGGUUACUUUGGCAUGGGGGUUGCCACGGAGGGCCUGGUGGUUAUUGGAGGUCUCAUCGAGCCCUUUGAGGUCCCUUUCGAGGGUGCGCUGGGACAGCUGAGCUUCUGGAUGGGAGAUGCUAGAGUUGCAGAUCGUUCGUGUCAAGCCUCUUACAUCAGCUGUGGCAGCCUCCUGGACAAAAGAGCUCACCAUGGCAGAUCCCACUUCUGGAAGAAGUUUCCCCAAGCUUGGACUCAGGUGGAACUUUGUAAAGGGUUGGAAAAGAAAGGUCGAAGUGGGAAGCUGGAAAGAGGAAAGCAAAUGAUGAUUUGA